GUGCGCAAAUACUUGCUGUAUUACCUCUUCAGAUUUGCUGCUGCUCUGGGGCAAGAAGUAUUUUACAUCACAUUCCUGCCCUUCACCUUCUGGAACAUCGACUCCUUCAUCGCACGAAGGCUGGUUGUUGUGUGGUGUAUUGUCAUGUACAUAGGUCAAGCGUCCAAGGAUCUCUUAAAGUGGCCUCGUCCUUCCUCUCCUCCUGUGGUAAAGCUGGAAACCAGGGUGGAAGCUGAAUAUGGAAUGCCAUCAACUCAUGCCAUUGCUGCUACUGCAAUUUCCUUCACUUUCCUACUGGCCUCCAUAGGCCGCUAUCAGUUCCCGCUUGUCCUGGGAUUUGUAGCUGCCCUCUGUCUUUCUACUCUAGUGUCCCUCAGCCGCUUGUAUACAGGGAUGCACACAGUGCUGGAUGUUAUUUGUGGAGUUCUCAUUGCCCUCUUGUUUUUGGCAGCAACUUUUCCUAUGUGGGAUUUAGUUGAUCAUCAACUUUUGACAAACUCCAUUUGUCCAAUCAUAGCGGUAACUGCUGGUUUCCUUCUGAGCUACAAUUACCCAGAGCUGGAUCACUACAGUACCACCAGGGCAGACACAACCGUCAUACUGGGUGUUGGAGCAGGGACCUGUGUCGGUGUCUGGUUAACCAAUCAAAUGGGCCUUACUUACAUUCCAGCUGGUGAUUUCCCACUGACUAUGUCACCAAUAACCUUUAACAUGUUACUUGCGGUCAUACUGAGAUUUAUUAUUGGGGUUGUCCUUCUGGUUGUCACAAGGUAUGUUGCUAAAACACUCUCUCUUAAAGCACUCGGCUCAUGGUACAAGGUUUCAACACAUGACCAGCUGGUGAAGCAAAGGCUUGAAAUUGAAGUUCCUUAUAAAUUUGUGACAUAUACAUCUAUAGGAAUUGUAGCAACAAGUAUAGUUCCUUGGUUAUAUCACGUGUUGGACCUGUAA